CCCAUGGUCAUGCUGGUGCACUACAGCCCACUUUAUAUACAUACAAUAUGACUAUGAACACAUGUUGCCAUUCAAUGGCAAAAAUUCUGUUGGAUUCAUAGAUUAUGAUGGUGGAGAGGCUAAUGGACAGUCAGAGGGUUAGGGAAUGGCUGGCUCAGGAUAACUGACAGUCAGAGGGUUAGGGAAUGGCUGGCUCAGGAUAACUGAAAGUCAGAGGGUAAGGGAAUGGCUGGCUCAGGAUAACUGAAAGUCAGAGGGUAAGGGAAUGGCUGGCUCAGGAUAACUGAAAGUCAGAGGGUAAGGGAAUGGCUGGCUCAGGAUAACUGACAGUUAGAGGGUUAGGGAAUGGCUGGUUCAGUGUAACUGAUUGGCAGAGAGUUAAGGAAUGGCUGGGUCAUGACUUCCUGGGUCCACAGACUGCACUGAAUCAAUACAGAUAUUCCUCAUAUAAUAAAUAUGAAACAGCCACCUUAUAGAUUAUGCAAAUCUUUCUUGUGUCUGAAACACAAAAGAAAACAUUGCGACUGUGCCGACACCAUGUUAGGUACUGAAUGACUGUACCAGCACCGUGUUAUGUAUUGAAUAAUGGUGCCAACACCAUGCUAGGUCCUGAAUGACUGUGCCAGCACCAUGUUGGGUACUGAUUGAUUGUCCCAGGACCAUGAUAUGUACUGAAUAGCCAUGUUAACAUCAUGCUAGGUACUGAAUGACGGUGCUGACAACACGAUAGGUAUUGAAUGACUUUUUGACGCCAUGUUAGGUACUGAAUGACUGUGCAGACAUCAUGUUAGGUACUUAACAUGGUGCUGGAAGUCAUUAUGUAUUGAAUAAUGAUGCCGACACCGUGAUAGGUCCUGAAUGACUGUGCCGGCACCCUGCUAGGUACUGAAUUACCAUGUUAACACCAUGCUAGGUACUGAAUUACCAUGUUAACACCAUGCUAGGUACUGAAUGACGGUGUUAACACCAUGCUAGAUACUGAAUUACUGUGCCGACAGCAUGCUAGGUACUAAAUGACUGUUCCGACACCAUGUUAGGUACUGAAUGACUGUGCUAACAGCACACUAGGUACUGAAUGACUGUGCCACGACUAUGCUAGAUACUGAAUUACUGUGCCGACACCAUAUUAAGUACUGAAUGACUGUGCCAAGACUAUGCUAGAUCCUGAAUCACUGUGCCAGCAUCAUGCUAGGCACAUGUUAGACACCUGGGUGAGGACCUGGGUGUACAAGCCUUCAGUGGGCGGAGCCUGCGGCCCAUCGCUCACUGCCAGAUGAGCAUGCAGUGCCCUUACUGGGAGUGCCUGAUUCCUCACACACACACAUGCACACAAACUGACUCAUGCAUAGAUGAACAUGCAUGCUACAGACACACACUCACACUUUACGCACCUCUGAGAGGAUGGCAUUCCUUGUGGGGAUACACUUGCGUUGAUCUCUGGCUGUUUGCGACCACUUUUCCCCUGUGGUUGACAACGUGCGAGUGGGGGGUGGGUUUAGUUAUUGGUUCAUUCAAAACUGUGCUGUUGUAAGAACCCCAGCUCACUACAGACACUGGUCAUCACUGUUUAAUUCCACUGAGCAUCAUGCUCUAAUCUCAAUGAGCUUCGUACACUUAUCUCACUGAGCAUUGUGCACUCAUUUCACUGAGCAUCAUGCAUUUAUCUUGCUGACUAUUGUGUACUAAUUUCACUGACCCUUGCGUACUAAUUUGAAUGAGCAUCAUGCACUAAUCUCACUGAGUAUUGUACAGUAAUCUCACUGACUUUAGUGCACUCAUCUCACUGAGUGUCCUUGCACUAAUCCCACUGAUCAUCAUACACUAAUCUCACUGACUAUCGUGCACUCAUCUCAUUGGUUAUCAUGCACUAAUCUCAGUGAGCAUCAUGCUCUAAUCUCAAUGACCAUCCUGUACUCAUCUCACUGACUAUCGUGCACUCAUCUCAUUAGUUAUUGUGCACUAAUCACACUGAGCAUCAUGCUCUAAUCUCAAUGACCAUCCUGCACUCAUCUCACUGACUAUCGUGCACUCAUCUCAUUAGUUAUUGUGCACUAAUCUUAGUGAGCAUCAAGCAUCAUGAGCACUAAUCUCACUAACAUGCACUCAUCUCACAAAUCAUUGUGCAUUCAUCUCACUGACCAUCAUGCACAAAUCUCAUUGACCAUCAUGCACUAAUCUCAUUGAACAUUGUGCACUAAUCUCACUGAUCAUCCUAAACUAAUCUCACGGACCAUCAUUUACUAAUCUCACUGAUCAUUGUGCACUAAUCUCACUAUCAUGCACUAAAUUCACUGACCAUCAUUCACUAAUCUCACUGAGCAUCCUACACUGAUCUCAUGGACCAUCGUGUACUAACCAUAUUGAUCAUAGUGCACUAUUCUUACUGAGCAUCAUGCACUAAUCUCACUGACCAUUAGCUACCUACUAGCCAUACUGGUCUUCACACACAGUCUGAAGCUGCCUGAGGAAUGUUAUAAAUGACAGUUAACACAUACAGAAAAGGAAAAACAGACAUGUAAAAAUCUAAUUUCCAACAUGGCCUUUAUAUAAUCCCUCAUAUAAGACAUAAUUGUUUUCAGAAGCUUUUCUCAUAAUUCAGAUGUAUCACAAUUCUGUCUGACACUCAUUGGAGGACUGUUAGUCAAUUGGAGUGUCAUAAUGCCUAUGCUGAAAGUUACUCUAUUGGCAGGCCUGAUAUUCUUUAUCCUAUCAUUGCUAAAUCAAGAGUUCCAGGUGUCAAUGAAUAUUCAUUAGCAGCAGAGAACUUUCCUCAUUAUGUUUUGACUUUAAUCAGUCUAAAUGUGUAUGGAGUCUUUAUUCAUGGUUGCCAGUAUUUCAGAAUCCUUUCUUCUUUAACGGCUUGAUUGCUUAUGACUAUUCAUGUAGACACAGAGACAGAGUGUCAUCUCAUUUGGAACGGUUUAGCAUUGAUGGGAACAGGAAAUGAACAGGUGCCGUCUUGCCAGGAAUAUUGUUUGGGUUUCCUGCUCGCACGUCAGUCCCCAGGGGGUGGAAACUCUUUUAAUGGAUGUCUGCAGUGCAACCUUGAAGGAUGAUUUUACAUUUUGUCUAUUCUUCCCCAUCUAGACUGUGUCAGGAUAAACUGUACCUCCAGUAAGUGAGUCCUCCAUUUCUUCUGUACUGUGCUGUGAUCUCUGUCCCUCUCCCGUCUGAUAUCCCUUCCCUCCUACAAACAUUCUGCUGGUAUUAUAAUGUGCUGCCUUUGAUGUGUUUCACAGAUGGUGUGUAGGCUUUUUAUUGUCUCAGGUGUAGAAAAUCCCAAGUGCAUCAAAGUUACUUGUUCUAAAGAAGGAGCACAUUUCCAGAAAACUGAAACUAAAUACAACAGUAGUGGAAAGAGAUAAGGCUGUGAUUCUGAUGGAGCUGCUUAAUGGGCAUUUAAAGCACCAGCAUCACUUUCUGUUUGUUCCAAAUAAAGAGGGAUGGGAGAAUCCGCAGUAAGAAGAAGCCUCACCUAAAGGUUCUGUUUGAGUUAUACUGCUUCUUAAUUAGAAAAUGCCAUGGUGGUGGGAGACCUUCAGACCCGUUAGUCAGUUUUCAGCAUUAAAAUAUAAAUGAUCAUUUACAGUAAAUUUUCUAUGAAUGACAGAGUUCAGAAAAACUAGCUAGCUUUUCCCUAGUAAGCAACAAGCUAUCCUACAAACAUCAUUUUAGCUAAUUAAUAAUUUACUGAUGAUAUUUCUGUUAAACUGUACGUUUACACACACACACACACACACACAACUGUGUCUUUUGCCAAAACAAUGGUAGUUUGAUAGAUUCAUCUGUAUUAUGAGACCAUCUUCAAUAUGUCACAUAUUGGUCCGAAUCACAUGUAGCCAUGCUGGUCCAUAUAGCCAUUGUUAUAAGGCAACAAUGUUUAUUAAUAAGGUAAAAUGAAGGUGGGAAGAUGCCAGGGCAGAGGACAGAGAGGAAGAGAGAGAGAAGGCCAGUGAGAUGUUACAUGUUUGUAAGUUUGUAAAUGGUAAUCACUGUCAGUUUGGGAUGUUAUGAAGGAACGUUGUGCAUGUCAGGAUCUGUGAUGUAUGGUGUUUGCUUCUUUAGCAAUAUCUGUGUGUGUGUGUGUGUGUGUGUGUAUUGUAUAAUGCACCCACUGCUGAACAACAGAAGGCAUUGAAUACUUGAAUACUUACACUUCAGUUCAAAUUGAAUUAAAGCUGACUCCAUACAGGACGCAUGUAGUACUGAUAUGUGGAUGGGACAUUGUCAAGAAGAGAAGCAGAUCGUUUUAAUCUGCCAUGCAUACAUAGGUGAUGCUGAGUUAUUUAGGCUGAAAAAUAGCCCCAUUCGAACAGUGUAUGUGGGGUUUUCUGUUGGUAUUGGGAGCAACCUUACAAAAUGUACUGAGGCCUACCCUGCAAACCCCUAGGACACACAAAGCUCGCUCUGAAAUGAAGGGAACUCCAGCAUCACGUAAAGAAGCAUGUGGUUGUAUAGUGCAUCCAUCACUUCUCUGGCUGUCCCCUGGUCAGUCUGCCACUGUGCGGGGGUACCUGAGCAUUAAUGUCAGGUUGUAAACACAUCAGCAACAUACAGUAAGGCACUGAAGUCUGCAGCGGCUUGGGCCUGGAAUCCAUGUCUCUCUAAUGGCUGUCCCAACUCCCCCCCAACCCAAAAGAGAAUGGUGCUGGAGCAACGUCAGCAGUUGUGCAGGGGGGAUCUCUGUCGAGCAAGGAACUUUGGGAAGUAAUUACAGAGAGGGUUCUCCCUCAGCUCCACAGUAGAAGGUUGUGUGAAUUUCAGCCAGCACUACAGAUGGGUUAUGAUGGACUGCAGUAUCGAUGGUAGGUUCCUCUGUAGUGUUUUAAGUGAUGCCAAUUCUACAAAAAAAAAAGUGAAUUUUGCGGUAAACUUCAGUAGAGCUGUUGAAAUACAUGCAUAUGGAAUCUUUUACUCACAGCCGAUUCUAAAUGAUAUUUAAAUACAGCAGCAUUUUCUGGUGUAUAUCAGGAUAACAUAAAUCAGCAACCAGUGUAUUGGAGUAAAAUUCAGGUUAAAAAGCAGGCAAAAACAUUCACAUUGCUAGGCACUAUGUUCUACGCUAUGUGGUAUAUUUUGCAAACUAGAAAUUCAAGUGUUGCUCCAGUUUUGAGUAUACAUGUAAGUGGGCAUUUACCUAGCCCCCUAGUUGACUGCUUGAGAGCCAUAUGUUUGUAAUACACUAUUUGCCUCACUUGUAGGUCACUUUGGACAAAAGUAUGCGCUAAAUAAAAACUAUACAAAUAUUCUUAUUAUAAUUUUCAGUUUUUUUCAAUGCUAUAUUACAUAUUUUUAAAUAGCAGAGCUUUAAAUCAUGGAAUCAGUAGGCUGGGCUUGUGUAUUCGUGUUUCCGUGAGUUGCCAUCUGCAAAUGUAGUGGUUUCUGUGAUUCCAAAUGGAUGUUCUCAACAUGUUCAAAGGUGACCACUUGCUCUUCUCCAGUGGAUCUUCAGUGCAGGCUUCCUUUGUCUCACUGGUCACCACAUUUAUUGAUCUGAAAGAUAGUGAGGGUCACAAAUCAAAGUAAACAUAGUUACCAUGCAGAAACCAGGCAAAAAUAAAUUCAUUGUAACAGUGCAUAGAGUGAGGACCAUGUUUUGAUUUUUAAAGUAGGGAAUGAUUUUUAUGAAAAGUUACUGGCUAUGAGCUGCAAAUAUGCAUCGUGAAAGACAAGGUUAGUUCUAGCUCACUUCCAUAACAGUCUCUUUGCGGCUCUAUGCCUCCAUCUUGUGGAAUUUGGUGAGCUGCUGUAUAUAAAAUGAUAGCAUACACAGGUAUUUAUUUCAUAUGUACACAGUCUGGUAAUGCAUAUAAAAGUGUCCCAGUGACAACAGACAGGAUAUAGUGUCUGUUUUUCUUGCUCUUUCUUCUGCUUUCAUUCGUUCCUUCUGUAGAGCACCUUUUCUGCUCCUUACCUCUGUGUCCUGGCAUGUCAUUGGUUAUGCUAAUCACAGUCUGGACUUUCAGGCAAAGGCCCGGAGACCAUCUUCGCUGGUUCCAACCUCAAUGACGAUGACUGGCACACAGUUCGUGUGAUGAGGAGGGGGCGGAGCCUCAAACUGACUGUGGAUGAGUCUCCAUCCUCCGAAGGUCAGAUGGCUGGUGACCACACCCAGCUAGAGUUCCACAAUGUAGAAACAGGCAUUGUGACGGAACGGCGCUUUGUCCCCGCUGUGCCUUCCAAUUUUAUUGGCCACCUGCAGGGCCUCUCCUUCAAUGGGAUGACCUACAUCGACCUCUGCAAGAAUGGAGACAUUGACUACUGCGAGUUGAACGCCAUGAUUGGCUUUAAGAACAUCAUUGCCGACCCCGUGACCUUCCGGUCACGGUCCAGCUUCGUCACGCUCAGCACACUGCAGGCAUAUUACACCAUGCAUCUUUUCUUCCAGUUUAAGACCACCUCACCUGAUGGGCUUAUUCUCUACAACAGUGGUGAUGGCAAUGACUUCAUUGUGGUGGAACUGGUCAAGGGGUAUCUGCAUUAUGUGUGGGACCUUGGCAAUGGGGCCAAUCUGAUCAAAGGCAAUUCCAACAAGCCCCUAAAUGAUAACCAGUGGCACAAUGUGAUGAUCUCCCGGGACACCAACAACCUUCACACAGUUAAAAUUGACACCAAGGUCACCACCCAAACCACUGCAGGUGCCAAGAAUUUGGAUCUGAAAGGUGACCUGUACGUAGGGGGUGUGGCUAAAGACAUGUACAGGGACCUCCCCAAGCUGGUGCAUGCAAGGGAGGGGUUCCAGGGCUGCCUGGCCUCACUGGACCUGAACGGGCGUCUCCCAGACUUGCUGUCAGAUGCCCUGACCAGUAUGGGGCAGGUGGAGCGUGGAUGUGAAGUUGCAUUGAUGAAAGCUGACUUGCAAGGCCCAAGCACCACCUGCCAGGAGGAUUCCUGCUCCAACCAGGGUGUGUGUCUGCAGCAGUGGGAGGGCUUCAGCUGCGACUGCAGCAUGACCUCCUUUGGAGGACCCUUCUGCAAUGAUGUGGGAACAACAUACAUUUUUGGACGUGAUGGUGGGGUGAUCGUGUACACCUGGCCACCCAACGAGCGACCCAGCACCCGCUCUGAUCGGCUGGCCAUGGGCUUCAGCACACAGGUGAAGGAAGCGGUUCUGAUGCGUGUGGAGAGCUCAUCAGGCCUGGGGGACUUCCUGCAGCUGCACAUCGAAAAGGGAAACAUUGGUGUGAUCUUCAAUGUUGGCACUGAUGACAUCUCCAUCAAAGAAACAAGCAAAUUUGUGAACGACGGGAAGUACCACAUCGUGCGCUUCACCAGGAGUGGCGGCAAUGCUACCUUGCAGCUAGAUGAGCUGCCUGUGAUGGAGCAUUACCCCACAGGCAACAUUGAUAACGAACGCCUGGCGAUUGCUAGACAGCGAAUCCCAUAUCGACUCGGUCGAGUAGUUGAUGAAUGGCUACUCGACAAAGGGCGACAGCUCACCAUCUUUAACAGUCAGAGCACCAUAAAAGUGGGAGGCCUGGACCGUGACCGCCCAUUCCAGGGCCAACUUUCAGGCAUGUACUACAAUGGCCUCAAGGUGUUCAGCAUGGCAGCUGAGGGAGACUCCAACAUCAGGGUUCAGGGCAGUGUACGGCUCGUGGGAGACUCACCGGCCUCCAACACACCCCAGUCCAGCGCUGCAGGAAACCGCUCAGACAGCCACCCCUCACUCACCGGGAUGAGCACAACGACCGCCACCAACCGGAGGAACCAGCCCGCCCCGCGAGACCCCCAGCAGCCAACAGAUGAUCUGCUGGUGGCCUCAGCUGAAUGUCCCAGUGAUGAUGAGGACAUUGACCCUUGUGAGCCAAGUUCAGCAAACCCCACUGUUCCGGGAGCAAAGGGAUACCCAGGCCCCUCUGAAGUGAUCCGGGAGUCCAGCAGCACCACAGGCAUGGUGGUGGGCAUCGUGGCUGCUGCCGCGCUCUGCAUUCUCAUCCUGCUCUACGCCAUGUAUAAAUACCGCAACCGCGACGAGGGCUCCUACCAUGUGGAUGAGAGCCGCAACUACAUCAGCAACUCUGCAACGCAGCCCAAUGGUGCCGUGAUCAAGGAGAAACCACCGGGUGGCAUCAAGAUCUCCAGUAAGAACAAGAAGAACAAGGACAAGGAGUACUAUGUCUGAGGCUUCCCUGCCUCAGCACCAAGAGGAGAGGCCGUCUUCUGUACAGUAAUAAAACUCAAGAUUACGCUUUAUUUUCUUUUCAACUUGGUUUACUGUAAAAAAGAACUAAUAUGUUAUACAGAAGCACAUCUAUCCAAAAAAGAACAGCACAUCAAAAAGAAAAAAACUACUUUUCAACUUGAAAGAAACCACGGCAAAUGAGCCGUUUGCCAUUCUUGUUGCUGGAUAACCAGCUAAUCUGGGAGGGGGGGGUGGGUGAAGGGACCAAA